AUGAGCACCCUCAGCGCCCUCGUUCAGAGCGAGCCUCCCCCUCCCCACAGGGGUCUCCUCCACAGCACACAUCUGCCCCCCUCCGCCGAGGCCGCUGGGGGCUGUAGUUCUCCCCCGCGGCCUCUCCCGGCAGCCCCCAGCGCCCGGCGGGGGGGCACGGACUACACUUCCCGGCACGCUCCGCGGGAGCGGGGGGGACCCCCACCCCACCCCUCCGCCAGCCUCUACCGCUGGUUCCCCCCCAUCCCCGCCGCCUCCCUCAGCGCGGCGGGGUUCGAGCUGCCGCCCGCUGCAGGCAGCGCCGCCGUGAGGGGCUGCCCCGCCACCGGGCCCUGCCGUUACCUGGGAGAGCCGGGGGUUGGCGGCAAUGAAGUUGCACCAAGACGUCCAAGAGCAAUCAGGAGAGACUUCAGGGCUUCAGGAUGGUUGCUUAAGGGGUCGGGAGCACAGGAGCCAGCAGAGGCAACCCAGCUCCCGGCUCCCCCAGGAACCUCAUGGGACUGGCAGGAAGAGAAAAAAACACCUCAGGUGUGUGGGCCCCAGAAGAGGAGUUUUCAGCACGUAACGUGUGGCCACAUUGCCUGGCCUGUUUCCCAGCACUUAGUGAAAGGGGGUGAAAUAAAGAACAGGCAGAGAAUCACUCAAACCACUGUUGUCUUUUUUUUCCCUCUGGACAAUGAGAAUACUUCAGAGCAGAGUGAAGGAGCCCAAAAUGGUAGAAGGAGGAUUUCUCUGCCAUGGCCACAACAGGUGAAGCCACAACCCUGGGAGGCCCUGAUCCACCAAUAUCUGGUGGAUUUGAGCAUUGCAGGCAGCAAAGGCAUCGCUGUGCUUUUACGAGAAAAACCAAGAGCGCAAGAGCACAUUUUGAAGUGAAGGCACAUUGUCAAUAAUUAUGCACGGUUUGGGUUUGUGCUGUCUCGCCACUCAUCCUUGGAUCCUACACCGAGUCCUGACUUUCUUAUGGCACAGAUAAUAACUUAGAAGAAAGAAACCCAACAGAAUUUUCACGAUCUAUAUCUACAGCAUCACACAUGGAAGACAUAACAUUUGAUGGUAAAUUUUUGCUUUGACAUUAUAGUAGAAGUUAAGGGAAAAGGUGUCAUCCUUGGCCUAGAGUCUCAUAAGUGCCACAGGCAGAUGGGCUCUUUUAAACCUUCUUCUCCUCUUCCAAAAGGAGAAACUCACAAUCUGGACUCAAUUGAACCUUAAAGCCAUAAAAUUCCAGGUUCCAAUAAAUCUUCAUUUUAUAAAAACAUGUCCAGCAUAUAUCAUAACAGAAACCAUAAAAGAAAUUAAACAUGUGUGGGUCACAUA